AUCAUACUAUCAUGACAUCCUUGUUAGACUUUGUCAGCAGAAAUGUCCCUUUAAAAGCCUGCCUGUGACUGCAGACAUUCACAACCCCAUCAGCCAUGAGAGCAGUUGUGCUUGCCCUGACUCUGGCCCUUGUGGCUGGUCAACCUCCUAACCUUGCUCCUGAUUUUGCUGAUGGUAAGACUUAUUUGUACAAGUAUGAGGCAUUGCUCCUGGGCGGUCUGCCGGAGGAAGGUUUGGCAAAAGCCGGGCUCAAAGUCAGCAGCAAAGUUCUCAUCAGUGCUGCAGCUCAAAAUAUAUACAUGCUGAAGCUUGUGGAACCUGAGCUCUAUGAGUACAGUGGCGUCUGGCCUAAGGAUCCUUUAAGCCCAGCAACCAAGCUGACUUCAGCCCUGUCAGCUCAGCUCAUGACCCCCAUCAAGUUUGAGUAUGCCAGUGGCGCUGUUGGAAAAAUCUUCGCCCCUGAUGGAAUCUCAACAACUGUGCUGAAUGUUUACAGAGGUAUCCUGAAUGUCCUUCAGCUCAACAUCAAGAAGACACAGAACGUCUAUGAGUUGCAGGAGGCCGGAGCUCAGGGUGUGUGCAAGACCCUCUAUGCCAUCACUGAAGACGAAAAGGCUGAACGCAUCCUUCUGACAAAGACCAGGGAUCUGAACCACUGUCAGGAACAGAUUAUGAAGGACAUGGGGUUGGCAUACACUGAGAAAUGUGCAAAGUGCCAGCAGAAUUCAAAGAACCUGAGAGGAGCUACAACAUACAACUACAUCUUAAAGCCAGUUCCUAGCGGUGUCCAGAUCCUGGAGGCAGCUGUCAAUGAGCUGAUACAGUUUUCACCUUUCAAUGAGAUGAAUGGAGCUGGUCAGAUGCAGACCAAGCAAUCAUUGGUCUUCCUUGAGAUUCAGGCGGCCCCUAUUGUACCCAUUGAGGCUCAGUAUCUUCACCGUGGAUCGCUAAAGUAUGAGUUUUCCACUGAGCUUUUUCAGACACCCAUUCAGCUCAUCAAGAUCAACAAUGCACAGGCCCAGAUUGUGGAGAUUCUGAAUCAUCUGGUCACCAACAAUGUGGAGAGAGUCCAUGAGGAUGCCCCUCUGAAGUUUUUGGAACUCAUUCAGCUCCUCCGUGUAGCCCGCUUUGAAGACCUGGAAAUGCUCUGGAGUCAAUACAGAGCCAAACCUGUCUACAGACAGUGGAUCUUGGAUACUAUCCCUGCCAUUGGAACUCCUGCUGCUCUGAGAUUCAUCAAGGACAAAUUCCUGGCUGAUGACCUGACUGUUGCUGAAGCAGCUCAGGCCAUGAUUGCAUCUAUUCACAUGGUGACAGCAGACACUGAGGCUAUCAAGCUGGUUGAGGCCAUGGCAGUCAAUAGCAAAAUAGUGGAAAGCCCAGUUCUGCGUGAGAUUGUCCUUCUUGGCUAUGGUACUAUGAUUUCAAAACACUGUGUUGAGAUGGCUGUCUGCCCUGCUGAACUUAUAAAGCCCAUCCAGGACCUCCUUGCAGAGGCUGUUGCUAAAGAUGAGACCUCGGAUAUCAUCCUGCUCCUGAAGGUUUUGGGUAACGCUGGCCAUCCUGCUAGCCUUAAGCCGAUCACAAAGAUCCUGCCUAUACAUGGCACUGCAGCUGCAUCUCUGCCCAUUAGGGUCCAUGCUGAUGCCAUCAUGGCCUUGAGGAACAUUGCAAAGAAGGAGCCCAGAAUGAUCCAGGAAUUGGCUCUUCAGCUCUACAUGGACAGGGCUCUUCACCCAGAGCUUCGUAUGCUUGCAUGCAUUGUGCUGUUUGAGACAAGGCCUGCAAUGGGUUUGGUGACAACUCUUGCCAACAUUGUGAGGACAGAGGAGAAUCUGCAGGUAGCAAGCUUCACUUAUACUCACAUGAAGUCCCUGACCAGGAGCACCGCCCCUAUCCAUGCCUCAGUUGCUGCAGCUUGCAACGUCGCCAUCAAAAUCUUGAGCCCAAAGCUGGACAGACUGAGCUUACGUUUCAGCAAAGCCAUCCACAUGGACUUCUAUAACAGUCCCUUGACGCUUGGUGCUGCUGCCAGCGCUUUUUACAUCAAUGAUGCUGCCACCAUUCUGCCCAGGUCUUUAGUGGCUAAGACCAGGGCAUACCUUGCUGGAGCUGCUGCUGAUGUUCUGGAGGUUGGAGUAAGAACUGAAGGACUCCAGGAGGCUCUUCUGAAAAACCCCGUACUUAUUGACAAUGCUGACAGGAUGACCAAGAUGAGGCGUGUCAUCAAGGCUCUCUCUGAGUGGAGGUCUCUGCCCACCAGCACACCUCUGGCCUCCGUCUAUGUCAAACUCUUCGGACAAGAAAUUGCCUUUGCCAACAUUGACAAAGUCUUGAUUGACCAGGCCAUUGAGGCAUCUGGUAAGAAUGCAGUCAAGGCGCUGCUGUCUGGGGCUUCCUUCCACUUAGCUAAGCCUCUGCUGGCCACUGAGAUGAGGCGUAUCCUGCCUACUGCUGCCGGUUUUCCUAUGGAGCUCAGUCUGUACACUGCUGCUGUGGCUGCUGCAGCUGUUCAAGUCAAGGCCACCACAACACCAGCUGUGCCAGAAAACUUCCAUCUUGCUCACCUUCUGAGGACAGACAUUCAGCUUGAGACUGAGAUCAGACCGAGCGUUGCUGUGAAUACAUUUGCUGUUAUGGGGGUAAACACUGCCAUACUCCAGGCUGCCCUGCAAUCAAGAGCAAAACUCAACUCCAUUGUGCCCGCCAAGAUCACUGCAAGACUUGACAUCAACGAGGGCUACUUUAAGAUUGAAGCUCUGCCCGUCUCUGUGCCUGAACACAUCGCAGCUGUGAAUGUUGAGACUCUUGCUGUGGCAAGAAAUAUUGAGGACCUUGCUGCUGCAAGAAUCACUCCCAUCAUCCCUGCCAAAGUCUUACAGCCCAUAUCAAGGGAGAUGUUCACAUCUAAGAUUACUUCAUCUGCUGCUUCUAGUUUGUCAGUAUCCUCAGAAAUCAAUCACGAAGAUAUGGCAGCUGCCAGGCCCAUUGUGAAACCUAAAGCGGCUCAGUUUGACAAGAAGUACUGCGGUAAAGCUCUUGUCUUUGGACUGAGGGGAUGUUUCAGGAUUGCCACUGAAAACGCUGCUUUCAUCAGGGACAUUGCCCUGUACAAACUGGCUGGAAGGCACUCUGUUGCUCUUUCUUUGAAACCACUUGAAGGUGAAGUCAUUGAGAGACUGGAGAUUGAGGUUCAAGUUGGACCAAAGGCUGCAGAGAAGCUCAUUAAACAGAUCAACCUGAAUGAAGAAGAAAUCGGUGAUGGAAGACCAGUCCUGAUGAAGCUCAAGAAAAUCCUGGCUCCUGGUGUGAAGAAUGGUACCACAGCCUCCUCCUCUAGCUCAAGCCUGAGCUCCAGGUCUUCUGCCUCGUCCAGCAGCAGCGGCAGCAGCAGCAGCAGCAGCAGCAGCAGCAGCAGCAGCAGCAGCAGCAGCAGCAGCAGCAGCAGCAAGAGCAGCAGCAGCAAGAGCAGCAGCAGCAGCAGCAGCAGCAGGAGCAGGAGCAGGAACAGGGGCACCUCCUACAGAUCUGUGAACAGGUCUUCCAGGUCCAGCUCCGCAUCGAGCCUUGCAUCACUCUUCAGUGCUAGCUCAAGUUCCUCUCGGUCCAGUGCUCGUCACUCAAAGCAACUGAUUUAUCGCCACAAGUUCCAGAAGAACCACAAGAAGCAGGCUCACACCUCUCAAGCCACCUCAGCAACAGUUUCCAUGAGCAGAAGCAGUGCCUCAAGCUUUGAGGCCCUCUACAGACAGAACAAAUUCCUUGGCAAUGAAGUUGCUCCUACCUUUGCCAUCAUCUUCCGUGCUGUCAGAGCUGACAAAAAGAUGCUCGGAUACCAACUGGCAGUCUACUUGGACAAACCUACCGCCAGACUUCAGAUUAUUCUGGCUGCCUUGGCUGCCGAUAACAACUGGAAGUUCUGUGCUGAUGGAGUUCUGCUUAGCAAGCACAAAGUCACAGCUAAAGUCACCUGGGGAGCAGAAUGCAAGCAGUACGACACCAUGAUCACAGCCGAGACUGGUCUUGUUGGUCAAAGCCCUGCAGCUCGCCUCAAAGUGGCCUGGAACAAACUACCUUCUGCCCUAAAACGCUAUGCAAAUAAGGUGUAUAACUACAUUCCUGCAAACAUGCUGGCUGGCUUGAUUCAAAGAAAUAAUGAAAACAGCACCAAGCAGCUCUCACUUACAGUGGUUGCCACAUCUGACAGGACCCUUGACUUGAUUUGGAAAAUACCAACACGUACUGUCUAUAAGCUGGCUUUGCAACUUCCCAUCGCUCUGCCGCUUGAUGGAAUCAAAGAUCUCACCCCCUUCGAUGACGUUGCUGAUAAAGUCCAAUACUUGUUUGCAGAGGCUGGCGCAGCUGAAUGUAGCUUCAGCAGAGACACUCUGACCACAUUCAACAACAGGAGAUACAAGAACGAGAUGCCGUUGUCUUGCUACCAAGUUCUGGCACAGGAUUGCACCGAUGAGCUGAAAUUCAUUGUUCUGCUGAAAAAGGGUCCCAAUGAACAGAACGAAAUCAAUGUGAAAAUUGCUGACAUUGAUAUUGACCUGUACCCCACGAACACUGACGUGAUCGUGAAGGUCAAUGGAAUGGAAAUACCCAUCAACAACCUGCCAUACCAGCAUCCCACAGCUAAAAUCCAGAUCAGGCCAAAGGGUAAAGGCAUCUCUGUGUACGCUCCCAGCCACGGUCUUCAUGAAGUCUACUUUGACAAGAACUCGUGGAUGGUUAAAGUUGUGGACUGGAUGAAGGGAAAGACUUGUGGACUCUGUGGAAGGGCUGAUGGGGAAGUCAGACAGGAGUACCGCACACCCAACGGACGCCUGACCAAGAGCGCAGUCAGCUACGCUCAUUCCUGGGUUCUGCCAGCCGAGAGCUGCAGGGACACCACUGAGUGCCGCAUGAAGGUUGAAUCUGUGCAGCUGGAGAAGAAGGUAAACAUCCAUGGCCAGGAAUCCAAAUGUUUCAGUGUUGAGCCUGUGCUGCGCUGCCUGGCCGGCUGCUUCCCCGUGAAGACCACUACCGUCACCAUUGGCUUCCACUGCCUGCCUGCUGAUUCUGCCCUGAAUCGCCCUGAGAGUCUGAGCAGCAUGUACGAUAACAGCGUGGACCUGAGGGAAACAGCAGAAGCCCACCUAGCCUGCAGCUGCACUGCUCAGUGCGCUUAAUAACACUUUCUUCUUCGGUCACUUACAUCACGUGUAUGUUUUGAAUGUAAUUUCAAAUAAACUGCAUCUAAAAACAA